AUGUCAGUGGAACGCUUGGACCCGGAAGAGACGACUCCCGCGUGGCAAAGCGUUUGCCCCAUGAGCAGACAAAGGGAAGGAGUUGGUGUUGGUGUUCUCAAUAAUUUUCUCUACGCUGUUGGAGGCUUCCAUGGCGAACCACUCAAUAGCACUGAAAGGUAUUGCGCAAACUUGACCGCUACAAAUAUUUAG